UUCUAUAUUAGUGAUUGAGAAUUUUUUUCUGAAACAAUAAUUAAAUUUCUAUUUUUUAAUUGAGAUUAAUUUUUAGCAUUUUUAAAUACAAGCAAAAUCUAUACAUAUUAACUAUAAUCGUAUAAAAUGUCUUCAAAAAUAAGAAAGGAAUCAUUAGUAUUAUUAUUAAACAUUGGAGUAACAAAUCCAAAUGUAGAAAAUAAUUCUUUAUUAGUUGAAAAAGCAAAGCAUAUUGCACAGAGAAAAAUUGAAAAAAUGAUUUUUUUAAAACCUAAAGAUGAAGUUGCAAUAAUGUUGAUGGGUUCCUCGAUUACAAAAAAUAAUCUUAAUUCAAAAUAUAUAGAAGAAUUCACAGAUUUUCAGGUUGCAAAUUGGGAUUUUGUAAGAAAAUGCAUGAAUUUAAAAAGUACAAAAUAUUGUUAUAAUUGGGUUGAAGCACUUUAUGCUGCAGUGGAAUUUAUAAAACAAAAUGUUAUUGAUAAUUCUAUAAGGAAAAUAAUUUUGAUGUCUGAUUUUAAUGAAGAAACAAAUAUUAUUUCAAAAUUUGAAGCAAAAUUAAUCGCAAAUAAACUCUUUGAAGAAAAAAUUCAAUUAAUCACCAUAGCAGAAAAUCUACUGCAUGAUAAAUCUUUGACUUCUCUUAACAGUAGCAAAAAGCUUUUGAAGGAUGUUCAUGAUCAGAUUAAUGGUCAACAUAUAAUAUUUGAUGAUGCUAUAUCAAGUUUGAAAUUUUAUGAAGAAACACCAGUAAAACUAUUUCCAACUUAUUAUGAUUUACAAUUACUUGAUAAAAAAAUACCAAUUGUUAGUUAUGUUAAAAUAGAUAUAGAAAAAUUUCCAACAUGGAAAAAAGCAAAAGGUAAUCAAAAACUUGAAACAAAAACUGAAUAUUUGGAUGGACAAAGAAAUUCUUAUGCAAAGGAUGAAAUUAUAAAAGGAUAUAAAUAUGGAGGAACUUUUAUUCCAGUUGAAAAGGAAUUAGAAGAUAAGAUGAGUUAUAAAAGUGGGAUGAAAAGCUAUAAAAUUUACGGUUUUACAGAUAGAAAUAAUAUUGAUUUGGAACAUUUUUAUAAAAGUGCAACACAUGUUAUUUUACCUUCAAGUGAAAAAAGUAAUGUAACAAAACCAUUUUAUAGUUUGGUACAAGCAAUGCAUGAAACAAAGUCAGUUGCUAUUGUGAGAAAAGUUUUCAGAAAUAAUAACACUCCUAGAAUGGUUGCAUUGUUUCCAUGUAUUGAUAUUCCUGAUGAACCAUGGUGCUUAAUAGAAAUAGAAUUAGCAUUUGCAGAAGAUCAAAGAUUAAUAGAAUCAAGACCUAUGAAAUCUAUAAUUAAACAAUUAUCGAAUGAACAAAAUGAAGCUGUAGAUAAUUUAAUAAAUUCUCUAAUGUUAAAUGAUAUACAGGAUAGUUAUGAAGUUGAUGGAAAUCAAUAUUUUUUACCUGGAUGUGUUCCAAAUCCUGCAAUACAGCAUAGAUGGCAUAUAUUAUCAUAUCGUGCCAUUAAUCCAGAUAAACCAUUACCACCUAUGGAGAAUUAUUUGAAAAAAAUUUUGGAAGCUCCAUUAAUAAAAGAAAGAAGUAAAUCUCAUAUGCAGAAUAUUGCACAGCUAUUUCGAUUAGAAAAUAUAGAUUUAAAGGCCAAAGAAAAAAGUGAUAUAAAUGAAGAUAACAUGCAGAUCGAUGAUAAUUCUGAUACUAAAGAUUGUAAUAAAAUAGAAGAUAAAGUUGAUAUUGAAAAUAAUUUUUAUAAAGAAGAUUCAAUUUUAUCUUUGGAUACCUCAGAUGUUGAUCUUGAUGAAUUAGCCUGCGGGGAGCGCAAAUCUGCCGCAAUCUCAGUCAACGAAGAGACGUUGCCUCGCGUGGAUCAACAGGUGUUUUUGCCCGUGUAAAGUACAUUUAUCAGUAUGGGGAUCACAUAUAUAUGCAGUGUGAUAGCUCUGUUUACCGUACUUCUUGUGACGACAGAAGCUGGUGAUAUGAUGCGGAAAAGCAUUGUUUUCGACAAAAACACUCCAGAUGUAUUCUACUGUCCACAACAGAAACCGACUGGCUUUGAGAAAAUGCUCGUGACCGCGAAACCAUUGUCAAGACUUUGCCAAUUUGAGGGAAAACCGAUCCCACCAGAUUACAAGAGCGAUUGUUAUAAUGAUGUAGACGAAACCGAAUAUGCGUGUAAAGAGAAAUACAGAAUCAUGAUGCGAUUACAUCCACCAGGAAGUGAAACACCAUACAAUGGUUCACGUUUAUCAAGAUUCCUUGCUUUUGAUAAAGAUAUCUAUAAGAAGAAGAAUCAAAUUAAAGAUAAUGAUUGAUAAGAAAAAUUAUUCAUAAAUUUAUAAUUUUUUUUAUAAUACAAUUAUUGACAAAUUUUAUGAUCAAUUUAAUAUUUUUUUCAGAUUUUAA